AUGAAAGCUCCGCCGGUGACUGCCCUGCUGCUGGCGCUCGCGGCACGCGGGGCGGUAGCAGGCGCGCCAACCUACCCGUGGCGGGACGCAGAGACGGGGGAGUGGCUGGUGUGUGACCAGUGCCCCCCAGGCACCUUUGUGCAGCGGCCCUGCGGCCGGGACAGCCCCACGACGUGCGGCGCGUGCCCGCCGCGCCACUACACGCAGUUUUGGAACUAUCUGGAGCGCUGCCGCUACUGCAACGUUAUCUGCGGGGAGCGCGAGGAGGAGGCGCGGCCGUGCGGGUCCACCCACAACCGCGCCUGCCGCUGUCGGUCCGGUUUCUUCGAGCACGCCGGCUUCUGCCUGGAGCACGCGCCCUGUCCGCCCGGCGCCGGCGUGGCCGCUCCCGGCACCCCCAGCCAGAACACGCAGUGCCAACCGUGCCCCCCGGGCACCUUCUCCGCCAGCAGCUCGAGCUCGGAGCGGUGUCAGCCCCACCGCAACUGCACGGCCCUGGGCCUGGCCGUCAAUGUGCCUGGCUCUCCGUUCCACGACGCCCUGUGCACCAACUGCACGAGCUUCCUGCUCGGCCCACUGGAGCCGGGGGCGCCGGGGACCGAGGAGUGUGAGCGCGCCGUGGUCGACUUCGUGGCUUUCCAGGACAUCUCCCUCAAGAGACUGCAGCGGCUGCAGCAGGCGCUCGCGGAUCCCGGGACGCGGAGCCUUCCGCCACCGCUGAGGGAGGGCCGCGCGGCGCUGCAACGGAGGCUGUGGCAGCAACUCAUGGAGCUUCGCGAAGCGCGGCCCGGGGCGCUGGGGGUACGGCUGCUGCUGGCGCUGCGGGUGGCCAGACUGCCUGGGCUGGAGCGCAGCAUCCGCGAACACUUCCUUCGGGCGCGGUGA